GGACACACUUCAAAGAAAACUUUCUUCAUGCCGAAUCUCUGUAUAUUUGAAAUCCACAAUGCCUUCCCCUAUUCCAGUAAGCCGCCUGCUGCCCAGAGAGUUCUGCCCUUCUCCAAACCUGGGGCCUUAUAGCAGCCCGAUACACCGGCAUGGGAAAGAAGCGGACAUUAUUUUUUCCAGGCAAUAUCCUAAACCACGGAUUGAGCGCCGACGUUCUUGUUGUGCAAUUAAUUGGGAACAUCUCCAGCUGCUUCAGCUUUUGGGCUCUGGGGGCUUUGGGUCGGUGUACAAAGGCGACUACUAUGGAAAAACUGUGGCAGUCAAAAUGGUUAAGAAGAGCACCAAGAACAAGCUAGCGUCAAGACAAAGCUUUUGGUCGGAGUUGAACGCAGCCCACCUGAAUCACGAGAAUAUUGUGAAAUUUUUUGCUGCAACCACCUGCAUCCCCGAAAACCUUGAAAACCAGGACAACCUUGGCACCAUAAUUAUGGAAUACACCGGGACAACCACUUUACAUCACAUUAUUUACAACAGCACAGACGCAUUGGGUAUGGAUACAUGUUUCAAGCAUUCUUUGGAUAUUGUUAAUGGGUUGGCUUUCUUGCACUCGAACAACAUCGCGCAUCUUGAUUUAAAGCCAGCUAACGUAUUGGUUACUGAAGACGGCGUCUGCAAAAUUGGUGAUUUUGGAUGUUCGCAGAAAUUGGUAAAUUAUAAAGAUUUGCUUUCUACAGAGCCCCAGAUUUGCCACGUGGGAGGUACGUACACUCAUAGAGCUCCAGAACUGCUAAAAGGCGGAAUUGCAACUUUGAAAGCAGACAUUUACUCGUUUGGCAUCACUCUUUGGCAACUGCUGACUAGGGACCAGCCAUAUACAGGUGAUCGCCAACACGUGUUAUAUGUUGUGGUUGCGUAUAAUUUACGCCCUGUGGUCACAAAGAACGUUUUUAAUGAAACAGUUUUAGGACAAACUUGUAAAUCUGUUCUGGACGGGUGCUGGAAUGCUGACCCCCUGGAAAGACCCAGCGCCAAACAUCUGCUAGACAAAAUUGGCAUGAUGCAGGACAUGUACAACAUGCUGUAA